AAGAAGAACAACAACCCAAAUCCCAAAAUCAAUUCUUCUUAGUUCAUUCGAAUCCAUCGAUGGAGUGGAGGAGAGGCAAAUCCGUCGGCCGGGGGAGUUUCUGUUCUGUGAAUUUGGCGAUUCCGACAGGGGAUUCUAAUCUGGUUAAGCUUCCUCAGUUGAUGGCGGUGAAAUCAGCUUUUGUUUCUGAGUGUUCUUUACUUCAAAGGGAAAGAGAAAUUCUAACCCAUCUCAGAGAUUGCCCACAAAUCAUUCGUUGUCUCGGAGAUGAUCACACCAUCGAAAACGGUCAGAGAUUUUACAAUGUCUUCUUAGAGUUCGCUUCCAGAGGUACUUUGGCUGAUCUGCUCAAGAAAUCUGGUGGAGCUUUGAUUGAAUCGGAAGUUAGACGUUACACGAAGUCGAUUCUCAGUGGACUUCGUUUCAUUCACGAGAAGGGUUUCGUCCACUGCGACAUCAAGCUUCAGAACAUCUUAGUUUGCUCUGAUUCUGACGGUAGCGAUGAUGUCAAGAUCGCUGAUUUCGGAUUGGCGAAAAGGGUUGGAGCAGUGGAGAAUCUGAAUUUGAGGGGAACCCCUCUUUACAUGUCACCUGAAUCCAUUACCUGCAACGAACAUGAAGCACCGGGCGAUGUAUGGUCGCUUGGAUGCGCCGUGGCGGAGAUGGUCAUGGGUAGACCGGCAUGGAAUCGGAGAGCUGAUACAGAUAUCAGUGCUCUCUUGUUUCGGAUUGGUUUCGGGGAAGAAUUGCCGGAAAUACCAGAGGAGAUGUCGGAACAGGGAAAGGAUUUCUUGAGGAAAUGUUUUGUGAAGGAUCCUUCAAAGAGAUGGACAGCUGAGAUGUUAUUGAAUCAUCCCUUCGUAGCUGAAGACAUUGUUUCAUUACCUCAGGGAAACAAACCAUCUCCAUCUCCAAGGAGUGCUUUCGACUUUCCCGAGUGGAAUUCAGUCUCUUGUUCUUCGUCAUCAUCGGAUUAUUAUCCUUGUGAUCAAGAACAAUCUCGUCGACCUGUUUCCAAUUCUUCUUCGUCUUCUUCUCCGGUUGAUCGAAUUCAGAAGCUCAUGACUCAGAGAAGACCGAAUUGGGAAUCUUCAGAUAGUUGGAUCAGUGUACGGUGA